AGUAGUAUCUCCACCAAGAAAAUUAUUAUAAAAGGUAAUCUACGAAUCAUUGCGUAUUUGACUAAUAAUUGUCCUUUUCUUCUGUUCGUGAUUUGAAUUUUAAUAGCAAUAUGUCUUUCAGAAAUCCUAAAGUUGUAGGACAGCUUACAAAAAGAGCUUCACAAGCUACUAUUUCACGACUCACAAGCAAUGUCUCUCCCACCACAACCUCAUUAUUGCAAAGGAACAACGCAGACCAAUUCAGAUCUUUCGCGACUCCGGUGCCGCCGGUGACGCAAGAUGCGACGGGAAGGAGGGGACCCACGGCAAUGGUGCUCAUGAAUAUGGGUGGUCCACAAACCACAGAUGAAGUUGGGGAUUUCUUAAGUAGACUAUUUGUAUGUUUAUGCCCUGCCGCGCCACCACCCUCACGUCUAACCAUUUUACACAGGCAGAUGCCGAUUUGAUUCCUCUUGGACGUUUUCAAAACUACCUUGGACCUCUCAUUUCGAAACGUCGUACACCGAAGAUUCAAAAGCAAUAUGCUGCAAUUGGUGGUGGCUCCCCAAUUCGAAAAUGGUCAGAACAUCAGGCCGAAGAGAUGUGCAAGUUAUUAGACAAGAUGUCACCCGAAACCGCACCGCACAAACCAUACGUUGCAUUCAGAUAUGCAAAUCCUUUGACCGAAGAGAUGUAUAAUAGGUUAUUGGCGGAUGGCUUCGGAGGCGGGAGAGGUGGAAGAGCAGUAGCAUUCACACAGUAUCCUCAAUACAGUUGUUCCACAACAGGAAGCAGUCUGAACGAAUUAUGGAAGUGGAGACAGAGACUCGAAGGGAAAGCUGCUGGAAGUCCAAAUGGUAGCGAUGGAACAAUCAAUUGGAGUAUUAUUGAUAGAUGGCCAGCACACCCAGGUCUUGUUGAAGCUAUCGCACAAAACAUCGAGGCUACUUUAGCGACAUACCCCGAAAAGGAUAGAAAGGAUGUUGUACUACUUUUCUCCGCCCAUAGCUUGCCAAUGUCUGUGGUCAAUAGAGGUAAGUCUGUCCAGAAUUGUCGUGCCGACGAAGUCACUAACUCUCGCUAGGUGAUCCUUAUCCAGCCGAAGUUGCCGCUACAGUCUACGCUGUUAUGCAGAGAUUAGGUCACUCUCAUGCAUAUAGACUUUGUUGGCAAUCUCAAGUCGGCCCUAGUGCAUGGUUAGGAGCUCAAACGAGCGAUACUGUCGAGGAAUAUGUCAAGAAGGGCCAAACGAAUCUUAUACUUAUUCCCGUCGCAUUCACAUCGGACCAUAUCGAAACACUUUAUGAAUUAGACGAAGAAGUUAUUGGAGAAUCAGGCCACAAAGACACUAUCAAGAGAUCUGAAAGUUUGAAUGGUUCACCAGUAUUCAUCCAAGCAUUGGCCGACAUUGCUAAAGCACAUUUGGAUAGCGGAAUUGCUUGUAGCGUUCAAAUGGGACUAAGAUGUCCUGGAUGCAAGAGUGAGAAAUGCGCAGAGACUAAGAAAUUCUUCGCUGGACCUGAGAGAACAUUUGCCGCGUGAGAAAAGGGGCACAAAGUUCAAAAAAAAUGUAUAUAAUUAGUCAAUUACUGUAGACAAUUAUGAAGCGAAUGUGAACGGAAUUAAACAUGUCCAAAAGUCCGCUUCGGUUCCAGAU